AUGGAGACGGCGGCAGAUGGGUGUCUUCAUAUGAUGCGAGGCCAAAGGUGGACUCUAACCUCCGGACUCCAGACGACCCUCGACUUGGGUCAGUCCUUGUCGUCCCCCACGUCCAAGCUGACGGCUCGGACGGCUCGGACGGCUCGGGAGCCUUGCCGUCUGGGAGACCAAAGAUCUCCUCGGUCGCUCUCGAGCUCCAGCUCGUGGCUGCCUUGGGGAGUGGAGCUGGGGCCACGACUCACACCUCCAACCGCUUGGACGUCCAACGUCAGAUUCCUGGAGAGUUCCCCAGGUUUGCCAAGUCGUUUGGGAGUUGAAGACUAUCAGAUCCCUCCAACCAUACAGGAGCGCUUGGCCACGUUGAAGGCUGAAGAAAAGUCUUUGGAGGAGCAAUUGGAAGCCGUGUCCGUGACCCAUGCCAAUUUGCAGCAGGCGUUGCAAAAGGCAGAUCAGAAAGACACGCUGUGGCAGGCACGAAGCCGUGAACCGCAGAGCCAAGUGAAAGCUGCCAUAGAGGCAAGACAGCAGCUGUUCGAGAAUGACCUGAAUGAAGCAAUGCGGAAGGCAGAAGAAGACAAGGCGACGUUGACCUCGUCUUUGCAGGAGCAACUGGAUUCCCUCACGGCGCGCAACGAGUAUUUGCAGCAGCAGUUGCAUGAGGCCAAAGAGCACGAGCAGGCAACGGAGGCUGAAAAUGAGAUGCUGAGAAAGGAGCUGAAGAAAGCACAGCAGGAGGCUAAAGAGAAGGCUGCAUUAGCUUCGGCCUUGCAGGAGACGUUCGUUGCUGAACGAAAGGAGGUGCAAGCGGAAGUGGCGCUGAAGGAGCAACUGGAGGGCUUCAAUGUGGUCAAGCUGCAACUGGAGACCCUCAUUGUCAAAUUGCAGGAGCAGUUUGGUGAGGUCGGAACAAGAAUGGAGAAGGAGGCCGAAAGCGAGCCGCUCAAGACAGAGCUGAAGCAUUCGCAGCUCAAGGUCGAAGAGCUGACAGCAUCAUACUCGGCGUCACAGGCAGAAAACCAAGAGCUCAAGAAGAAGCUGGAGCAAGCCAAGCAGGAGGCAGAAGAGCUGGCAACAUCCUGUUCAGAUUUGAAGGCUUUGGUCAACCUCGACAGGCAUGGUACAUCAGCCAGUCGAUGGAUUGGCGAGUACGAAGUGGAACUGGACCAACGCAAUGGCAAAAGGUUGGGUAUGGAAUUAGAGGCCGGCGGGCACAUGGUGAUCGUCACCCGAGUGGACAGCGACAGCUUGGUUGAGGAGUGGAACAAAUCUGCGGAGGAGUCACAGAUGGUCAGGACAAACUACUUGAUUGUUGAGGUCAAUGGGAUCCGAGGGGAGGCCUCUGAGAUGAUGGUGGAGUGCGAGAAGGAUCAGGUCUUGCGAUUGAAGCUCCUGAAGGUUGAUGGCGACCCUUGGAGGAACCGAGACUACGCCCUGGCACGUGUGAGCUCCGACGGCGACUAUCUCCACCGCGCACCCGACGAUCUGUUGAGGGACCGGGAGCUGGUGCUGCGGGCCAUUUGCUCGUCCGAGGGUCCCUUCGAUGCCCUGGAGCACUGCUCGCCGCAGCUUUUGCACGACCCCUCCUUUGUGGAAGAGGCUGUGCGGCGUUCGCAGGCGCCAUGGCUCUUGAGGCUUCCCCAAUUGAAGCACUUCAGUGAGGACAAGGACUUGCGCCAACGCUGCGAAGCAGUGGCCGGCACCGGGUUGGUCUUCACCUGGUAUCGCAGUGCCACCUGCUUCCUGAAGAUGAGAGAAUGCUUCUGGGCGACUGGAGCCUCCGUCCCGGGGGGCGAAGCAUACAAGGAGGUCAUGAAGUAUUUGGAGGAGCGACCUGGAGGUGCGGUGAAUCUGUGGAUCGAGGACACACCGGUCUUCGGUGCCUCUGCAGAUGGCGGCAAGUGGCAGCACCCGCCACGCCCCUGUGGCCGUGACAUGAAGCCGGUGCCCGCCGGGCGCAGCGGCAUGUGGAACUGCAACGUCGAAAGCCGGACGGGAGAUCAUCGACCUCAAGUGGGGUCAAGGCAUCCGUGUUGGUGCUGCCGCUGGCUUGAAAGAGUCCAGCAGAUGCACAAGGAAGGUUACGUGAUUUGCUGUGUGACAUCCAACAUUUAUGACCCAGAAUGGGUGGAAAAGUAUGGGGCUGGCUCCUCGGAGCUGAGUGAUGAUCAGGCGCAGAGAUUUGGUCAACCCCGGGAACGCUUUCGCAAUGGAAGGCCUGGAAAGUGGGGAACCGGUGCCAUCAAGAUCACCAGCAUGUUUGGCGGCAAGUUCAAUCGUGAGGCUCCAGUGGACCAGCGUACACGCCUACCUUUGGGGCAAGGGUGCCGUUGGGAGCGACAAGCGCUCGAUAGUCUGGAGUUCCCGGUCUUUGUAUUCUUCAUGCCAUGA